AUGAUUAUUGUAUCUGGAAAGUACUCUGCGAAGAUUUUUUGGAUAACUUUGUUUGUGACAAAGUUCAUUUCAUCAUGUACGUGGGAUGUUUCUCUGUUCUCCAGCUUGUUUUUAUAUCUCGUGACCGGUGGCUGGCGAUAUGCUCGUGCAGUUCUUCUCACAAUACCACGGGACUUGCUUCAUUUAAAUGUUUCAUGUUCCUCUUUCAGAGCUCUCUCUGUUUUAUUUCGGCUAUAUCUAAUGCUUUAUUUGACCGCAUGGCGUCAACACGGAUUGAGAGAUAUAUUUGCAGCUCAGGUGAGGCGAAAAGGACGUGAUGCCGUCGCUGUGGUCCAUUUAGAUAGUAAGUGGACCUAUGGUGACUUAGACGAUUACUCAAAUCGAAUUGGGAACUUCCUCAUAUCAAAAGGCAUCAAACGCCAGCAAAAUAUCGUUCUUUUUAUGGAGACUGAACCUCAGUACAUUGCACUCUGGCUAGGUGCUUCAAAGGUCGGGAUCGCGACAGGUUUAAUAAACUCAAACGUUCGGCGAGACGCCCUCGUAAAGUGCCUAAUGCAGCUGAACCCCGAGGCAGUCAUUGUCGGAGGCAGCUUGGUGGAGGCUGUCAUGGAGGCAGGCAUCGUUCCCGAGGGCAAGUUGCCCAAGGGUCGGGACGUCAUCCUCUUUCCUCCGAAGACCAAGACAAAGACUCAAUGGGGCACUGACCUAGUUGCCACCCAGAUCACCCAUUUGCCUCUUGCCGACGCCAUCAGUGCAAGUUCAACGGCGUCUCCCCCGCCUCCUACGAAGCCUUUUGCUCUCACCGAUGUCCUCAUCUACGUCUUCACCAGUGGAACAUCAGGAAUGCCCAAGGCGGCAAUCAUCACACUUUCUCGGUACAUGUUCAUGUGCUCUGCAAUCCACUACUUUUGUGGCAUCCGUCCGGACGACGUGAUGUACAUUCCGCUGCCCAUCUAUCACACUGCUGGUGGAAUCGUUGGUGUCGGCCAAAUGCUCUUCUUUGGAGUGCAAAUAGCUCUCCGUACUCGUUUUUCGGCUUCCAAAUUUUGGUCUGAUUGCAUCAAAUAUGACUGCACAGUCAUUCAAUACGUCGGUGAGACGCUUCGCUAUCUACUCUCACAGCCCCACUCCCCCGAGGAGACCCAACACAAGGUUCGCUUGGCCACGGGCAACGGGGUUCGUCGCGAGAUCUGGGUCGAUUUCGUCAAGCGUUUCGGCAUCAAACAGGUGGGCGAGUACUACGGCGCCACCGAGUCAAACUCGAACCUCGCUAAUUCGGAGAACAAGGUCGGUUCCCUGGGUUUCACUUCCAUUAUUUUGCCUUGGGCCUAUCCGGUGAUUUUAGUGAAGACAGACUUGGAGACCGGCGAGGUUGUGCGCGAUCCCAAGACAGGACUCUGCAUUCUAUGCGAAUACGGCGAGGUGGGUCAGUUGGUUGGCCGUAUCAAGCGCUCCAGUCCGGUUCGCAACUUUGAGGGCUACAUUAAUCGCGAGGAGACGUCUCGCAAGGUCAUUUCCAAUGUCAAGUGCUUUGGCGACAAAUAUUUCCUCUCAGGUGAUCUUUUGGUUCAAGAUGAGCUCGGAUUUUUCUACUUCGUUGACCGUCUUGGUGACACUUUCCGUUGGCGUGGAGAGAACGUCUCCACAACGGAGGUAGAGAACCUGGUUGCCAAGGCGAUCAACUUCGCCGACUGUGCUGUGUACGGGGUCAAGGUGCCCGGGAACGAGGGGCGCGCCGGGAUGCUCGCACUUUCGCUCUACGACAACGCCUACGGUGGCAACAAUAACAGCGCUCUCACUGAGGGUCACGCCCGUGCUGACGUGCGUCCCGAAAUUCUUGAAGCCGAGUUACUGAACGACUUGGCCGAUGUCUUCGGGAAACAGCUUCCUAUUUAUGCGCGUCCGUUGUUUGUGCGUUUCAUGAAGGCUUUAGAUACCACCGACACCUUCAAGUUUAAGAAAAUAAACAUGAUGAAGACAGGGUUCGACAUAAAUGCCACCAACGACAGGAUUUAUUACUUGAACACCAAAGCCAACGUCUACAACCGACUCGAUGCUGACGUCUACCAACGUAUUUUGGUCAAUCAGAUCCGCUUUUGA